AAAGUUCAUAUGCCACAUUUUCAUUUGUCACCAUUCAAUUGCAUUACCACUACAAAAAGCAAGAGACGUUACAGAGUUACAGCGCAUCCCUCUCCAAUUGGAAAUUGAAGCUCGGUUUUCCCAAAUUGACAUAGUACAUAUCCAGAGAAAACACAAUCGGUCGGAGACAGACAGACAGACGCUCUCUCGGAGCAUUACAUGCAUGGAGGAAGGGGGAGCCAAGAAAAUACCCCUAGUCCUUGACUGGGAAAAGCUCUUGCCCAGCCAUGACGAUGAGGUCCCGCCUCCCCUACUUGUCGUCAAGCCCAGCGCUGAGCCUCCGAAGGAAUCGCCGAUGGACUCCGAUCAGUCGCAUUCGCAGAGAGAAGACGGCGGCUUCGACCUCCUUAGCGAUCACGAACUCAACGAGUCUAUUCGGAGCAAGCGUCGCACCCUCGAGAAUAUGGCUCCCAAACUGCCCGACAAAGGGGAAAAAAUCCGGGCCACUCUCAAGCGAUUGGAGGAUGAGAUGGAGCGGAGGAAACUCAGACGACUCAACAAGGAAAAUGAUAAAUGUGACAAGCCCACACAAUCAACGAGCUCAAGUUCUCCUGGUGUUUCUAAUGGCAUGAGGGAAGAGACCACAUCACCUGAAGACCAUUCACAGUCCUCAUUUGCUUCACAUUUCCGUCGAAAGAUGGAAGAAGAUACACACAGUGGGACAACUGAUGCAUUUGACAAAGAACUUUCAGUGUUGAGUCGUUGUGAGAUCCAAAAAUUGAUGCACAGGGAAGAGUUACCACAGAAAGGAAGGCGAAAGUGUCGAUCAUCACCAAGGCAAUGGUCUGUUCAAUGUCCUAGCAAUAUUUCUAGGCAUGUUCUCUCAAAUGGUAGCAAAAAAGGCAGAGCUCCUCCUACUCGACGUACUCGUUCUCUUGGUCUGAUUGGAAACGUGUCUAGCUGCUUUGCCAAGAAAAAGGAUACUUUUGAAGUCAUUCAUUCAAACGGUUCAAGGCAUAAGAAGGAGGAUACCAUUGUUCUUAUAGAUGAGGAUGAAUCUCAUCUUCUAGAGAUGACAGAGCAAGCAGACAAACUUGAUGAAUGCAUGAAAGAUGCAAAGAUCACCUACCCGUCGAGGGAUGAUCCAGAAUCUGUUGAAAUCUGUUACGCGGACAUAGACUGCCUGACCCCUGAAGGCUAUUUGACCUCAACUAUUAUGAAUUUUUACAUGCGAUAUCUACAGCAGCAAGCAUCUCCAACAAAUAGAGCAAUAUGCGAUUAUCACUUUUUCAAUACAUAUUUUUACAAGAAGCUCAAAGAGGCUGUAUCAUACAAGGGAAGUGACAAGGAGACUUUUUUUGUCAAGUUCAGAAGGUGGUGGAAGGGUGUCAAUAUAUUUCAGAAGGCAUAUGUACUUAUCCCGAUACAUGAAAAUCUUCAUUGGAGCUUGGUGAUUAUAUGUAUCCCUGAUAAGGAAGAUCAAUCAGGGCCCAUAAUUCUUCAUUUGGAUUCGUUGAGACUUCACUCAAGCGGAUUGAUUUUUGAGAACAUCAAAAGCUUUAUGAAAGAAGAAUGGACCUACUUAUUUCAAGAAGUUGCUCCUUCAGAUCUUCCGAUUGCAGACACCAUCUGGAAAAAUCUCCCUCGUAGAAUUGACGAGAAAGUCAUUGCGGUUCCCCAACAAAAGAAUGACUUUGAUUGUGGUCUCUUUGUUCUGUUCUUCAUGGAGCGCUUCAUCGAAGAGGCCCCCGAAAGGCUGAAAAAGAAAGAUUUGGCAAUGUUUGGCCGGCAGUGGUUCAAACCAGAGGAGGCCUCAGGUCUGAGGGUGAAAAUCCGGAAGAUACUCGUACAAGAAUUUAGAAAAGCAUGCGAGGUAAACCAUGCCGUAGAGUCUUCUCCUCUGAAAACCAGCGACCACAAGGAUUCUGACUGAAUUUAGUGCAUCUGCAACCAGUAGGUAUAGCACACAAGGUUGAUGCAAGUACUUCUUCAUGAACAAGGUGUGCCAAAUAGCAAAUCAGCUGUGUAAAGGAUCUUUGAAAUUAGUUUUGUAUAGCCUGAAGAAUUGGUACAAAUGUCCAUCACAGGAAGAAAUAGGUCAUCAAGGAGUCAUGACCACUUCAUGGGUUAGAAGCCCUUUUAGGUUUUACUUUUACUAGAUGUAUAGAGGAGGAACGGAAUGGUGCCGCUCGCUAACACGGUUAUGGCGAAGUUUAGGGCAAUUGAACAUGCCAAUUUUUUUUUUUUUUGUUUUUUUUUCCCUCUAGUAGUUCUGAGCUCAGUUGGACUUUCUACGCACCGCUUUUGGCGAAAAUUUAUUUUUCAUUUUCAAGUCAGAAACAAGAACACAGGUUGCUUAUGUGCUUUAUGCUA